UUAUUUAUAGUUUAAUGUAGUAGUGACUUUGAAAUAGUUUGAGCACUGACUAAACAAUUAUUUGUGAGAAAAGCUACCUAACAUUUCAAAUAGUAUUGGUGGCAUUUUGCAAAGUAGAUUUUCUAUGAAAAUAUAAAAUUUUCCAAGAAUAAUUAUAAGUGUUUUUAAAGGAUUACAAUCAUUUUAUUAACCAUAUCAAACUGUAAUAUAGUGAUCUAAAUAUGAAAUAACCUUGAGUAAUAACCUCUAAACUAUCUUACUUUCUUUGAUUAUAAGAAAGUACAGUACAGAUGACUAUUCGAGACGUAAUGGGUCCAAUUACACCUGCGAGUUUUCCCAAAGGUCAUCAGUACAUUUCUGUGUUCAUGGACCACUUUUCAAGGAGCAGUAGAAAUUUGCUGGGCUAUGAUGCGAUGGUGUGUUAUCUCAGGACCGAUCAAGGAACCGAAUAUACGGGUGGAUACGCGGUAGAGGUGCUUCAGAAAUUAGGUGCGGAACUGCAGCUAAUUUCUGAAGUCCUGGCCCCACAGGAUACGCCAGAACAUAACGGAAUAUUCAGCUCACUUUUGCUGUCAAGUGAAUGCAAUUCCUUAUUGACUUCUUGUUCAUUAAGUUUUUCAAGACAAGAUUCUGUAUAAGAGUCACUCAAACUUUUAUGGUCUGACGUCUUAUUUGGUACAUAUUUU